AUGGACUACAGCAUGGAAGACACACAGAACUCGGCUCCUGACGCCCACGAGGCGUCCAAGCUCAACUCGUCAGCCCAGAGAACCGACAUUCAGAGCGUCACCAAACGCCUCCAAGCCGAGCUGAUGCAGCUAAUGCUCUCCCCCUCUCCGGGAAUCUCGGCCUUCCCUGACGCCGACGGCAACCUCCUCUCCUGGACUGCCACUAUCAGCGGACCGGCUGAAACUCCUUACGAAGGACUUACUUUCCGUCUUUCCUUUGCCUUCCCCAACAACUACCCUUACGCUCCCCCUACUGUUCUAUUCAAGACUCCCAUCUACCACCCUAAUGUCGACUUCUCCGGCCGUAUCUGUCUGGACAUCCUGAAGGACAAGUGGAGUGCCGUCUACAACGUGCAGAGUGUUCUCCUUAGUCUGCAGAGUCUUCUGGGUGAACCUAACAACGCGAGCCCUCUCAACGCCCAAGCUGCUGAGCUCUGGGACACCGACCAGGAAGAAUACAAAAAACACGUUAUGGCCCGGCACCGCGACAUCGAAGACAUCGAGUAA